CAAUCCUAGCUGCAAUUCUUAGAUUAUUUUUUUAUGUAGCUGAUUUUAUCUGCUACUGUAGAAUUCUUUUCAAGUUCAAGUGAAUUCGGUGAAUUUUGGUUGGAUUUUUCUGCAGUGAUUGUGUUCAUAUUUUUGUUGUUUGCGUUCUUUCGAAUUCUAGUCUUUGUUAUAGUUGUAAUUCGGUAAGGAGAGGCGUUGGCUCUGUCUCAACAAAACAUUUUCUUUUUUUCAGUUUUGUCUCAGGAAAGCAUUUAAGCAGAUGCUGUUGCAUUUACUUAAUUGAAAUUCUAGAUUUUGGUGGGAUAGGCCGAGGAUUUUCUGCUUUCUGAGGCAGACUUGGCUGAAGCGUGGAAAAUUGGGAGUUUUUAAAAGUUAAGAGAUGUCUCACGCCAAGGAAAGGUUUUUAUCUGCAGUAGCUUCCUCCUUGGAAAAUCAGGCGGCGGGAGAGUCGGUGAUCGGCACCAUCAAAAUUGCUGUUUUACCCAUAGCAAAAGUUUUUACGAUGUGCUUUUUGGGAUUUCUCAUGGCCUCCAAAUACGUUAACAUUUUGCCUGCCAAUGGAAGAAAGCUCCUUAAUGGGUUGGUUUUUUCGCUUUUGCUUCCUUGUUUGAUAUUCUCUCAACUGGGGCAAGCUGUUACAUUGAAGAAGAUGUUGGAGUGGUGGUUUAUUCCCAUGAAUGUUGUUCUGGCCGCUAUAUCAGGCUCGCUAAUAGGUUUUAUCGUUGCAUAUAUUGUUCGCCCUCCAUACCCAUUUUUCAAGUUUACAAUCAUACAAAUUGGAAUUGGGAACAUCGGGAAUGUGCCACUUGUCCUGAUUGCAGCUCUAUGCAGAGAUAAAUCUAAUCCUUUUGGUAACUCAGAAAAAUGUAGCACAGAUGGGACUGCCUAUAUCUCAUUUGGCCAGUGGGUUGGUGCAAUCAUCCUAUAUACUUAUGUAUUUCAUAUGUUGGCAUCUCCUCCUGAAGGUACGUUUGACAUUGAGGAUGGAAUUCUUCCACUUAAGAGCCCUCCAAAAGAUCCUGAGCAAGUGCCUCUGCUUACCCAGGAGGAGGAUGUACCUAUAGAUUCAAAUGCUUCAAAGAAAGGAAAGAUAAAACAAUUUCUAGUUUUUCUAUAUGAGAAUUUGAAGCUCAAGCAAAUCCUUCAACCCCCUAUUAUUGCUUCUAUCCUAGCCAUGUUCCUUGGUGCAGUACCAUUUUUGAAGCGAUUGAUCUUUACAACUGAUGCUCCACUUUACUUUUUUACUGACAGCUGCAAUAUUCUUGGGGAGGCCAUGAUUCCAUGUAUUUUGUUGGCUUUGGGAGGCAACCUUGUUGAUGGACCAGGGAGUUCUAAACUUGGUUUACGGACAACUGCUGCUAUUAUUUUUGGUCGGUUAGUUUUGGUGCCUCCUGUUGGACUUGGCAUUGUUACGUUGGCUGAUAAGCUUGGCUUCCUUCCUGCUGGUGAUAAGAUGUUCCGGUUUGUCCUACUUCUUCAACAUUCAAUGCCUACGUCUGUCCUGGCAGGUGCUGUGGCCAAUCUGAGAGGUUGUGGAAGAGAGGCUGCUGCUAUCCUGUUCUGGGUUCACAUUUUUGCCGUUUUCUCAAUGGCUGGAUGGAUAGUUCUUUAUAUUAACAUUCUCUUCUGAGUUGCAGAACUGCAGCAAUCUGUUACUGAAAUGUACCUACCCUCUUUGUUGCGAUUUAUUUCAUUGUUAGUGUUAAUAGCUAAGUGGGGUGGCCAAAAAAAUUCAAAAAUCUCGUGGGAAUGAGAGGUUGUCAAUAGCAGUUUUUUUCAGACAAAAUCUUUAUCAACUUCGAUUGUCAUUCUCAUACGUAAGAUAAGCGAAUCAUUUUUGUUGUUUUC